CCUACCGGGAAACAGUUGGUUAACAGCCUUGUUCAGGGGCAGAACGACAGAUUUUGACCUUGUCAUCUCGGGGAUUCGAUACAGCAAUUUUUCGGUUACGGGCCCAACGCUUUUCGGUUACCGCCCCAGUUAGUCUUGCGAUACUUUAUUAAUUUGAGCCAAAGCCUGUCUCCCAUUCAAUCAAUCCUUAUCAUAAUUCGUUUUUAAUGCAUCUAGAAGAAUCUCAGGACUUUCAUCUCAUCAGGAAUCUCAAGGAAUAUCAGUCAGGCAUUAAGUAUCCACACCUAAAAUAUGCGUAAUAAAGGUCCUAAAACCCACAGAGUGCCCACUGCGCAUGUGUUCUCAAAGUUGCUGUUGCAGAAAGCAAGCAAAUACCAGAAAUAAGGCAUUGGUGAGCUAACAACAUAACCAAAAUAUCUAUGUUCGAUCAUCUCGCUAAAAUGACGUUUUCGCAAAUGCCUUUCUCUUGACUUCGCGGGGACAUGGUGAGGAGAGCGUUUCCCAUGUUGCGUUAGUGGAAGUGUGACAUGCUGGCCUGUCUGCCAGCUUCAUCAGGUGAACCUACCCCCCGAUUUCUCUCCCACACGCAGAUGAACACUGGACUUCAGCAAUGGGAUACUACACAGAAGAUGAAAUCUGCCAACUAUCCAACCCCAGCAGAAUUGGAUGCCUUUGCUAAGAAAGUCGCCAACAAUCCUCUGACCAUAAAGAUCUUCCCCAACAGUGUCAAAGUACCACAGAGGAAGCACAUCCGCCGCACUGUGAACGGGUUGGACACAUCCAGCUCCAGCCAGCGCCAGAGUUCUUACCCGUCUCAGGUCAGCAGCACCAGAGCGGGCCUCCUGGCCGUCCUCCGCACUUCGCCUGGCAAAGGCGUCCUCACAGACACGGACAGCAGCCGAGCCCAUCUGCUUCCCAAACCAUCCAUGAACCUCCACAGCGGGCCAUACGUUGCUCAGAGCACUUUAAACCUCCCCCAGCCUGUCCCCCACCUCCAGGGCAUGUCUCAAACCCAGCCCCAGGCAUUGGCACAGAAACAGGGCCAUCCACAGCAUGCUCUGCAGCACAACAUGCCUCACCACAUGACUUCACAGCCACCGAAUAUGCCUCAAACCUUACAGAAACAGAACAUGGCCCACACUCAAACUUUACAGCUGCAACAAAGCUUGUCCCAGCUGCAAACGGUACAGCAGAAUGUCCAGCGGCAGCAGGGUUUGCCUCACACGCAGACUUUACAACAGCAGCAGCAGCAAAAUCAGACUCGGCCACAAACCUUACAACAGCAGCAGCAACAACAGCAGCAUAUUCUUCGUCCUCCGACUCUGCAGCACCAGACUCUUCCCCACCAACAAGCUUUACUACAGCAGGCUCGGGCUCAAGGUCUCCGGCACCUGCCUGAGGUAGCCCAGGCCCAGCCUCCACCUAGUCUGCAACUUUCCCAGGGCCUGCAGCACCCCCACUGCCUGCCCCAGUCACAGCCUCUCCCACAGGGCCUGCGACACCUGUCUGAUGUUGCCCAGGCCCAGCCACCCAGUUUGCAACAUUCCCAGGGCCUCCCCCCAUCUCAGCCUCUCCCCCAGGCCUCCAGUGUUGGCCCUGGCUCCCCCUCUGCUUCCAAUGCCCUGCAACCCCAGCCAGGCCCCCCCUAUGGCCCCAGGAAGCUGCCAGAUGCAGACGCCCCACCAAACGUAACCGUGUCUACCUCCACCAUCCCACUGUCCAUGGCGGCCGGCCUGCACCACAACCGGCCGGGCACCGACCUGAGCAGCAUCGUGCACCAGAUCAACCAGUUCUGCCAGGCUCGGGCUGGACUAGGCGCCACCUCGGUGUGCGAGGGCCAGAUCGCCAACCCCAGCCCCAUCAGCCGUAACCUCCUCAUCAAUGCCAGUUCCAGGGUCAACACACCCCACAACUUUGGCCUCCUUCCCUCGUGCCUGCUGGGCCACACAGAGAAAGCCCCUGGAGGGUCCCAGGGCCCUGCUGGUGCUAAUGGCCUACAGCCCAACAUGGCUGUCAUGAACCGGAUGCCACCUACUUUCCACACUGACACGAAGCAGCAGUUACAACAGCAGCAGUUACAACAGCAGCAGUUACAGCAGCAGCAGUUACAGCAGCAGCAGUUACAGCAGCAGCAGUUACAGCAGCAGCAGUUACAGCAGCAGCAGUUACAGCAGCAGCAAUUACAGCAGGCUCACCAGCAUCAACAUCAGUUACAGCAGCUCCAACAGGUUCACCAGCAGCAGCAACAACAUCAUCAGUUACAGCAGCAACAUCAGCUCCAACAGCAGCAAAUCCAACAGCAGCGCUCCUGGAACCAGCACCAGCUGGCUCACAUGCAGCAUCUGCCUGAUGGAGCCCAACCCUGCAAGAACCCCAGGAGGGAAGCCCCCUCUGGGCCUGGCUUCCCUGCCAAGACCCACAAUUACCCCCAAAAGCUGCUGGCCCCACAGCCACAAUCUUUCCCCAUUAAACACCCAUCAGACAAGACAACCCCCUCGCCCACCGUCACCGGCCCAGCGGGCGGCACCAUGCCAAGCUACACCAACGGGCGCUACUUGCAGGUUCCAUGGGACAGCGUCCUACAAGCAGCUGAAAGUGACGGUCUAGGCCCACAGGAUUUGCCCAUGGCCUUCCAGGGGGGCCCGGAAGGGGCCUCCAUAGACUGCAGCACACCAGGAUCACAGUACCGACCUGGAGCCAGACCCGGGGUCCCAGACCUGGGUCAGACCAAGCUGAUGCAGCAGAAUGUGUCUGAUUACCUGUCUGGGGAUUUCCAGGCGUUCCAGCAGAACCCAGGCGCCAUGGGGAAGAUGCACAGGCCCCCCAUGGGUAGAGCUCCAGCCCAGAGCCCAGAGCUAGGUAACAGUAGAAAUAUCCAUGCUCACCACCCAGGCUAUAGAUAGAUAUCUAUCUCUCUUCACCUCACCAGUCGUGUGUUAUGGUUGGUGAAUGAUUUCAAGGUUACAAUCAGGUGUAAACAUGUAGAUAUCUUGCAAGUGAUCAAUUGAAUGUUCUCCCUAGUCGGUUGCUCCUGAUCUCAAUGUUUUUUUUUAAUGCGUCCUCAGCCCUUUAAAAUGGUAUCUUUUAAACCUUAGUGCCAGAUGAAAGGUUUUAUAUUGUUAUUCCGGUGAUGAGGAAUACUUACUCAUACCACAACAUGGACAUCUGCUGAUUGUAGUAUUUUCUGGGAUACGCUAUUGUGAUCUAGGACUAGUUAGAGAACAUAGUAGGGCUACUUCCUUUCCACAUAAUAAGUGCCAGUUAUGCCCAGGUUGUCAUGGACCCAAUGUCUAAGAGUAUAUUCUUACUUCAAUCUCUCCCGAUAUACAGUAAGGUAAUGCUACAGCCAUUGUGUCCUGUCCUCUUGUGUAUGGUAAGGCCUUAAGACGGAGUGCUUUUGAAGUCAUUUUUAAUUGUUUAUUUUAUCCCUACCGUGUGCUGUUACUUUAAUUGUCUCUACUUGAAUUUCACCGGUGACGUUUUCAGUAUGAAGACUUAGAGAAUCAAGAUGUUAUGCUAAAAAUGUACAAAAGGAACAAAAGCUCACUUCUAGAAAAACAUUAAAUGUCUUAGAAUAACGUGAACCCUGUAGAAUCAAUCCCCUGAUCUUGAAAGGGAUUGUCUGUGUGCGCAAAGACCAAAUUGAUCACUUGCAAGUACAACUGAACAUACCAGAGGGUUAAUGUUAUUUGCUACUUUGUUUCACCAUUAUACACUACUGUAAACAAUUCCUUGUGGAUCUUUGCUUGUCUGUGGGGGUUUUGGUAAGCUGAGGGGUAUCCUACGAAGCAGGUUUGAGGACUAGAGAGGUAACUUUGGUCAACUGAGUUCAACUCGGGACAACCGGUCAUACGAAAGUGGCUCACCUUUUAGCCAGGUAAAUCUCUGGCAACAAAUCCUUCAGCACUAACCUGCUCUGGGGAAGGCUAACUCCACGUACACUGAAUGAAAUGACUGAGCCACGAGUGGAGGACCAACAGAGUUAGAUUUCCACCCUCUUGCAAAGAUGGCGUCAUGAUCCCUUUCAUUUGAGGAAGAUUAGUGAUUUAAAUAUUUAAUACAUUUUUUUUGUCUUAAAGAGUAAUGUUAAAAUAUAUCACAUGACAUAUUUGGUCAUGACAAUGGAUUUUAUACUUCACACCUAGUAGCACUUUUAAUAACUUUAAAAAAUGUUAUCGAUAGGAGUGGGGGGAAAAGGUCCUUGUGGUUGUUCAUUGAUUAACCACACCAAGUUGGCAUCAACGACAAGUAAUAAAGUUGGUGCUUCUAAAAGCCCAUUUCAUUCCAUAGUCUGGUAUUUGAAAGUUUUUAAUUUUGAUUUCACCACAAAUGAAAAUGUGGCCCUGACUCGCCCAUGGAUUGAUGUUUCAGCCAUGUGCGACAUACAUGUGCAGUUACUACCCUACCCUGCGGCUGAGCAAUAUCCACUGUCGUAGUACGAAUAAGAGCUGGAUUGUGAUGCUCACAGAAUCUGGCUAGCUUUAGAAAACCCUGAGUAGAUCUAGCUUACUUCGUAGGAUACGUCUGUCCUUCACUUGCUAGCCAAACCCUGAUUGUAUAUUUUCUCUGUACUACCUAGAAAGAAGAACUGAGGUCCAGUUCUUUUAAAUGCAGGUUACCUCAUGCUAGUAGAUGGGUCUAGCCAUAGAAAUAGAUUUACUUGUUAUUCUAGUAAUUGUAUUUCUAUGGGUCUAGCAUGCUGCAUUUUCCCUCAGUUUAGCUUGGGUGACGGCUUACUCUUGUGAUGGCCCCACAUUCCUCCUCCCUGAUAACUCUUGAAAAAAAGCCUUAAAAUGUUAACCUCGACACCUUAAAUGUUGUAUGACUUACUACAUACACCAUGCUGGAUUUCCUCAAACUGCAUGGUGUAGAAUCCUAUAUCAAAUAGUUAUGAUACUAGCAAUUGUUUCUGCAUAUGUUUUUAUUUAAGGACACUUAAAUUGCUAAGUAAAAAUCCUCCUUUUAAUGGAUGAAAAGUAUGAAUAAUAUUUAGUAGAGUUUUUUUAUAGGUGUGUGUGGCACUGGGCUGUAACUAUGGUCUUCAGACUACAUUUAUUUAGUUGUUUCUAUGUGACAAAUAGCCUUCAGUAAUUUAGAUCUUAGCUAAUUUAUUUCCUUGAUCACUGCAUUCUGAAGCCAUAGGUUUUUCCUCAUAGGUGCCAUAGGUAAAGCAUAUCAUCAGACACAAAACAAUGCAAACCGACGUACCACAAUUAGCUGCAUUCAGUAAGAGAUGGAAAGGUCAUAAGUAAUUUUAUGUAGCCAUUUCAUAAAAUGGCCAUAAUAUAUCUGCAGUAAUAGUGGAAUGAUAUAGUUUCAUAGUAUUACAUACCUGCCCAAUUAGCUGUGAUAUUCGUCUCCCGCCAGAGCAACAUGUUGUUGAAAUGGGAAAGCUGUUUUGACUUUGGCUGUGUUAUUUAGUGGAAAUCGGGUCAACCGGGCAAUGUAAAAAUCGCUCCGUAAUUUCCUGGUUGCUAAAAUUCCACACGGUUCCCUCAAUUUCAGUUGUAUGUGAGAAAACAAGCACUGAAUAGUGUAGGGAAUCAUUGUACCAUCUAAAUCUCAGUUAAAUAUAUUUUCAAUAACAACAAAUAUAUCGUUUUUACAGCUGUUACGAAGCUGGUGGACCAAAACCGAAACUAAAUGGCUCAAGAGUGAGUCUCCAUGUUAUAGGGAAAUGGGUUGCGGGAGAGGGUAGAUUUUGUUUUGGAAGUAGCCUAAUGCUGUUGCAAUUCACCAAGCUUCCUGAUAGAACUUGUCCCCUUUGUAGCACCUUUUAAUCUUAUGGAUUGAGCUUUCUUCCCUGAGGGCGGUAGCUAGAUUCUGUUGUUUGGCUCUUACUACUGUUGUGUGCCUGGCCCUUGAAGCUGCUAAUGAAUUCAAGCCUGAACACACAAUAGUGUGUGUGUGUGUGUGUGUGUGUGUGUGUAUAGUAAUGAUGUAUGGGUUGUACUAGUGGAAUAAAGGUUACUAUUUAUACUGUGUUGUCAUGGAUUUUAGAAAUGUGAGAUGGUAAAUCUUUGCAGUGGAAAUGGACCAACUGUUGCUACAGUGAACCAAGCAAUGUACCUGUCGUUCCAUUUUAGCUGAUUUGACCUGUUUUAUAAUGUUGUACAGCUCGAGAAAAUCAGGUUUACAGUUACUAUUUCAUAUGAAGUACCUCCACUGGACUUAAUAUGGAAUGUGUGUCCGCGAGAGCGAGAAAGGGUGUGAAGCAUAGCCUAGGUGCUUUUGCACACUACACAGUUGUGCACUUCUAUCCAUUGUUGGGGGCCCAAGCUUCUAACUGUAACUACUGAUACUAGACAGAAGUUCGUUCUCACGUGCCACAAUGUUUCCAGACACUGUUAGGAGUCUGAAUGAUUGCUACUGAACCACUGACCAAAGUCACCAAGCUUUCCCCACCACCAUGGCCCAAAGCCUAGAUACAGGCUGUGUACAAAAUGGCACUCUAUUCGCUCUAUAGUGUAUGACUUGACCUAGGGUACUAUUUAGAAAAUAGGGGGCCAUUUUGGACACAAACAUUCUUUGGGCAGGUUGGAUUGAAUUAAGUUUAAUGACUCUAUUUUAAGGUGGGGACAAAAGUUGUCUACUGUCCUCUAGACAGUUGUAAGAACAGCAUGUGGGACUGUGAUGACUAAAUUGUGCUUGUGAGUUUCUGCUCCACAUAAGUGGAAAUGUGACAUAAAUGGCAGUGGUUGGGGAAGCUCAUGUUUCUCUACUUUGUAGAAUUGUGUUAUUCCAGUUUGCCUAUCCUUCAGAAACUAUGCCUUGCACAAACAUUCUCCCCUAACCAAAAUAAAGUUUGCAUUUGCAAAACCGA